GCAGCAGAAAUCUCAGCUGUACUUCUAGCCCUUUUAAAAAGUUUGCUCUGUAAAUUGGAAUGAGGUCAGAUUUGGAGCUUCUCAUUGCACGCGGAGAUUAUUAUUGCAUCGGGUUCCAAGCCAAUGGGAAGCCCAGGGGAGGGGCUUGGCUCAAGGAAGCGUUGGUUACAGCGGCUGAUUGGCCGCGGCCAAGACUGGGAAAGGAUAAAGAGACGCGAGGCGGAAUUGGGGUCCGCUCUAAGCUGCAGCAAGGGAAACAGUGUGUGAGGGGAAGAGGCCUGUUUCGCUCCCGGGUCUCUAGUUCUUGCACGCUCUUUAAGAGUCUGCAUUGGAGGAACUCUGCCAUUACCAGCUCCCUUCUUACAGAAGGGAGGGGGAAACAUACAUUUAUUCAUGCCAGUCUGUUGCAUGAAGGCUUUUUGGCUUCCUACCUUGCAACAAAAUAAUUGCACAAACUCCUCAGUACCGAUUCCGCCCACAGAGAGUCCUGGAGCCAGAGUCUUUUCUGCUUUGCAUUGUAGGAGAGGGACUAAGUGAUAGAGACUAUGUCGCUUUCCUGAGCUCCUGAGAGCGCUCGUGAACUGGAAUCAACUGCUUCAGGGGAAGGAAAAAAAAAAAAAACAGACUUGCCUGGGAGGCGGCGAAAAACUUGCAUUCGAAGCUUCAUCAACCAGCAUUCAAGAAACUCCUCUCCACUUUUAGCACGGUCUCCAGGACUCAGGAGCCGAGAGACAGCGCAAACUGCGGCGCGGUGAGAGAGAGAAGAGCGAGAGAGAGAGGGAGGGAGACUCUCCAGCCUGGGAACUAUAACUCCUCUGCAAGAGGCGGAGUACUCCCGCCCCGCAUCUUUUGGAGACUUUUCUCUCUUCGCCCACCUCCGCCCCGGCCGGGAGUUGAGCCGACCGCUCGGCCGCCGCGCGCGUCCCCCAACUCGGCGUGCGCUUGGCCCCGGGAGCCGGGAGGGCCCGGCGAUUGCGCCGCGGCCGCCGCAAGGGUGUGAGCGCGCGUGGGCGCCCGCCGAGCCGGGGCCAUGGUGCAGCAAACCAACAACGCCGAGAACACGGAAGCGCUGCUGGCCGGCGAGAGCUCGGACUCGGGCGCCGGCCUCGAGCUGGGCAUCGCCUCCUCCCCCACUCCCGGCUCCACCGCUUCCACGGGCGGCAAGGCCGACGACCCGAGCUGGUGCAAGACGCCGAGCGGGCACAUCAAAAGGCCCAUGAACGCCUUCAUGGUGUGGUCGCAGAUCGAGCGGCGCAAGAUUAUGGAGCAGUCGCCCGACAUGCACAACGCCGAGAUCUCCAAGCGGCUGGGUAAACGCUGGAAACUGCUCAAAGACAGCGACAAGAUCCCUUUCAUUCGGGAGGCGGAGCGGCUGCGUCUCAAGCACAUGGCUGACUACCCCGACUACAAGUACCGGCCCAGGAAGAAGGUGAAGUCCGGCAACGCCAACUCCGGCUCCUCGGCCGCCUCCUCCUCCAAGCUGGGGGAGAAGGGCGACAAGGUCGGUGGCAGCGGCGGGGGCGGCCACGGGGGCGGCGGCGGUGGCGGGAACGGCAACGCGGGGGGAGGAGGCGGCGGCGCGAGCGGCGGCGGCGCCAACUCCAAACCCGCGCAGAAAAAGAGCUGCGGCUCCAAAGUGGCGGGCGGCGCGGGCGGCGGGGUCGGCAAGCCCCACGCCAAGCUCAUCCUGGCGGGCGGCGGGAAAGCGGCGGCCGCCUCCUCCUCCUCUUUCGCGGCCGAGCAGGCUGGGGCCGCCGCCCUGUUGCCCCUGGGCGCCGCCGCCGCCGCCGACCACCACUCGCUGUACAAGACGCGGACUCCCGGCGCCUCGGCCUCGGCGGCGGCCUCGGCCUCCGCCGGCCUCGCGGCCCCGGGCAAGCACCUGACCGAGAAAAAGGUGAAGCGCGUCUACCUGUUCGGCGGCCUGGGCGCGUCGUCCUCGCCCGUCGGCGGCGUGGGCGCGGGCGCUGACCCCAGCGACCCCCUCGGCCUAUACGAGGAGGGGGGCGCCGGCUGCUCGCCCGACGGGCCGAGCUUGAGCGGCCGCAGCAGCGCCGCUUCGUCGCCGGCCGCCGGCCGCUCGCCCGCCGACCACCGUAGCUACGCCAGCCUGCGCGCCGCCUCGCCCGCCCCGUCCAGCGCGCCCUCGCACGUGUCCUCGUCGGCCUCGUCCCAUCACUCCUCCUCUUCCUCGUCCUCCUCCUCCUCGGGCUCGUCGUCCUCGGACGACGAGUUCGAAGACGAUCUACUCGACCUGAACCCCAGCUCAAACUUUGAGAGCAUGUCCCUGGGCAGCUUCAGCUCGUCGUCGGCGCUGGACCGGGACCUGGAUUUUAACUUCGAGCCUGGCUCCGGCUCGCACUUCGAGUUCCCGGACUACUGCACGCCCGAGGUGAGCGAGAUGAUCUCGGGAGACUGGCUGGAGUCCAGCAUCUCCAACCUGGUCUUCACCUACUGAAGGGCGCGCGGGCUGGGAGAAGAGGGCCGGGGGGCGGGGGAGGGGGGCAGAGAGGAAAGAGAAAAAAAGAAAAAAAAAAAAAGCGGGACAGAGAAAGAGUUGCAAGAGAAAAGGGAAAAAGAAAAAAAAAAAGGAAAAAGGAAAAGAAAAAAAAAAAAGUGAGUAGGGCCGGCUUGGGCCGCGUCCCGGUGGUCGGAGAGCAGCGCGGCGGCGUUUGGGGACCCGCGCUCCCAUCCCCCACCUCCCCGGCCGGAGGGACGCGGCGGAGGCGGAGGUAGACAGGGGCGACCUUUUAUUGUUGUUCUUGAUGUUGUUGUUGAUGGCGAAAAAGCGACUUCGAGUUUCCUCCCCUUUGCUUGAAGAGACCCCCCCCCCCGCCCCGCACCGCUUCCAACGAGCUUCCGGACUUGUCUGCACCCCCGGCCAGAAGCCGAGUUGGUAGUUUUCUAAGAGACUGAAGGAAUCUCGUUCCUCUCUCAUCGCCCCCUUGGUAUUUUAUAUUUGGUUUUUUUUUUUGAUCCGGAGAGGAGGAGAAAAAA